UACUUUGAAAAUCCCUGCAGGAAGUCGCUGUGGUUGUUAUGGAAGCGACGACUCUGCGAUUUUUGUUUUCUGUUCUUGUUCUGUGCUGUUGGUUUGUGAGACAACAUGGCAGGCUUGGAGGUGUUGUACACCUGCGUCACAGGUAGCCUGACUUGUCCUCAGGACGCCCUCGUGUGUUUCGUUCACUGGGAAAUGAUCAAGGGAGGAUACCGGUGCAUCGGUUCCGGAGACGAGCCCCGCAGCGGUGACCGGAAGUCGGAGCUCCUGCCUGCAGACUGGAGCAGCAACAAGGAGCUGUACAGUCUCCGCUACGAAGGCGCGGACGCAAAGAUGCUGCUGAAAGCCGUCCCCGUGGACUCUGCUGUGAUAUUCAACCUGAUGAACUGCAGCACGCAGCAGGUGACCGACCUGACCGUGAACAUGAAGGAUCACGUGGACGCCGACCAUCUGGACACGUUUGACAGGGUUUUCAUAAAUGGAGACGGUUUGUCAGAGAAGGUGAGGGCUCAGCUGCUGCCCCCCCAGGAGAAGAAAGCAGGGAGGAGGAGUUUGCGGGAGGAUGAGGACGAAGCAGGAGGAAGGAGGAGGAGAGAGGAGGACGACCCUCUACGCAUUCCCAGCAGACGUCCUGGUCCGGGAACGCAGCAUCCAUGGCGUGAGCCUGCAGUUCCGCCUUUUGCCACUGGGGGAGCAGAUCUGGAUCCGUUCGGAUCUCGAGGUGGGGGCGGGAUGAUCGUGGACCCCCUGAGGUCGGGGUUCCCCCGCUCCGGCUUCGACCCCUCCAGCGGCAUCCCGGACAUUCUGCCCCCCGGAGCCGUGCCACCGGGAGCUCGCUUCGACCCGUUUGGACCCAUCGGGCGGCACAGACCAGGGCCGGAUCCGGACCACAUGCCCCCCCCCGGCUACGAUGACAUGUUCAUGUAGAGCUGAACGUGGGUGGUUCUGAAACCCUGACUCGGUUCUGACCCGCUCACUUUGCUCUCAGCUUUCAGGACGUGAAGUUUGAGGCUGCAGGUUCUGGUUGAGAUAAGCGAGUUUGUUUUGGGUCGGAGGAGACGAUUCCAGAAGGAAAUCCUUCUGCUUGUCUCGGUGUUUGGAGCAGACGGCCCAGAAAACCGGACGGAGUUUGAGUUCUGAGCUUCGGGUCGGACUCUCGCUCCGAUUUCAGGUUCCUGAUCAUUUUGUGGCUCAUUCAGGAACACCAGAAAUAAAGUUAGUUUAAAAAACUGUGAAUCCUGUUGAUGGAAUAAAUGUUUGAAUCAUU